AAUUUUAUUUAAUUUUAGAGUGGGAGAGUUAGUAUCGGGAUUUGAAGCAAACAGUGGUUUGAGGUAAGAAAUUAUAGUUAAUGAUAAGUUGGAAAGUAUCUAAAUUACACUGCUUUGCCUGCCAUUCUAGAGGAAGUUGUAACUGCGAAAGGGAUGUAUAAUAUACAAUUCUUUAUGAAGAUGCUUUCCUAAACAGUAAUUUUUGAAUUUUGGUUUUAGUUAGUUUAAUCAUAACAGUGAAGGUUUCCUUCAUUUCAAGAAUAAGCUAGCAUCAAGUAUAUUUACAAUGUUUGUAUUUUCCUUUAUCUUUUGACAGGCUAACGGCUUUUUCAUUCAGUUUGGAUUAGCAUGAGUUUGUGUUGGAGCUUUUGAUCUCUUGAUAUUGAUACUUAGUUCAAAGGCUGUUUCAGAGUUCUGUUGGAAAAUCCACUGGAGAGUAGGCUGUUAAAUUUUCGGGAGUUUCCAUUCCGAGUGAAAGAACCUGAAGUACAUUGAUUGGGUGUUGGAAAAAGAUGACACCAGUUUCAAGUUCAAGUUCAAUUGUCACUCAACCAUAGAUAUGAAUACAGCUAAACUAAACAGUGUUCCUCUCUAGGGCCACAGGACCAACAGUCACACAACAUAGUGGAAAACAUAGUUACAAAAAUAUUAAAAAGUAAUAAUAUAUCCGAUUCUUUGAGUGUCAUGGCCUGUUGAUUAUUGGUGCAUGUAUGCUGUCCUGGAACCAUGUUUCUGAAAGAACAACCUGCAGCAGUCCAACUUAACUCCCACCGAGUGGGAGGGACGAGCCUCCAACCCUGUGCAGAAUCCAGCAGGAUACAACCAACUUCAGUGUCUCCUGACUCAGCGGCUGCAAGGCACGAAUGAAGCCUAAUCUGUGCAGCUUGUGGCUCUCGCCAAAGAGCCAGUGAAUAGGACUUACAGUAUUCUACAUUACCAGUAUUUUCCAGGGUCCAAGUCAAUCACUUCCAUCCUUUUUGUGCACUGCCACUGCUGGUUCCUUCUUCUCUACGUGGUAGAAGCAGUCGGCAACACAGUGCACACCAGUUCCUGCUCUGUCACUAUCCAGCAACUCACUAGUGCAGUAAACCUGCAGUACUUGAUGUUCUUGAUAUCCAGCAGUGUCUUGCAAUGAUGAAAAGGGCAUAAAAUUUGAACAAUUGCACCUUUGGUUGGACCCAGAAAGGCUGCUGUGUCUGAGUGCGCUGCCAUCUUCCUGGAAACCAUAUAUCUUAUGUAAAAUUGUAAAUGUUUGCUGUUGGGAAUGGUGAAUAUUUAUUAUUUUAUUGAGACACAACACAAAAUAGGCCCUUCAAACCACGCCACCCAGCAAUCCCCAGAUUUAACCCUAGCCUAAUCAUGGGAUAAUUUUCAAUGAUCAGUUAACUGACCAACUGGGAAAUCUUUGGACUAUGGGAGGAAACCAGAGCGCUCGAGGAAACCCACAUGAUCACGGGGAGACCGUACAGACUCCUCACAUGCAGUGGCCAAUCUGAUCCAAAGAUUACCUCCAGGUCACUCCCGACACUCUUCCGUUUCAGCAGAUAGCCACAAUUAUUUAUUGUCCCAGGAUCUGCCUAUUUUCAGAGAUGGAGGACAGCCUGUGUAUCCUAAGGUAGUUGAGUUUGAUUGGUGGAGAUGUCCAGUUGUCUUGAAUACAGACAGACAUACUUUAUUGAUCCUGAGGGAAAUUGGGUUUCAUUACAGUCGCACCAACCAAGAAUAGUGUAGAAAUAUAGCAAUAUAAAACCAUAAAUAAUUAAAUAAUAAUAAGUAAAUUAUCCCAAGUGGAAAUUAGUCCUGAACCAGCCUAUUGGUUUAGGGUGUCUGACACUCCGAGGUAGGAGUUGUAAAGUUUGAUGGCCACAAGCAGGAAUGACUUCCCAUGACGUUCAGUUUUGCAUCUCAGUGGAAUGAGUCUCUGGCUGAAUGUACUCCUGUGCCUAACCAGUACAUUAUGGAGUGGAUGGGAGACAUUGUCCAAGAUGGCAUGCAACUUGGACAGCAUCCUCUUUUCAGACACCACCGUCAGAGAGUCCAGUUUCACCCCCACAACAUCACUGGCCUUACAAGUUUGUUGAUUCUGUUGGUGUCUGCUACCCUCAGCCUGCUGCCCCAGCACACAACAGCAAACAUGAUAGCACUGGCCACCAGAGACUGGUAGAACAUCCUCAGCAUCGUCCAGCAGAUGUUAAAGGACCUCAGUCUCCUCAGGACAUAGAGACGGCUCUGACCCUUCUUGUGGACAGCCUCAGUGUUCUUUGACCAGUCCAGACUGGAAGAAGAUUGGAAGUUGCAGAGACCACGAAGAACGUGACAUAGUUGUGAGAGAUGAGUCCGGGACCUGGCUCGGUCCCGGGCUGUUCUGGGUCCUGCUCUAGUCAGGUAGCUCCACAUCCGGCCUCACUCUGUUCCUUUUCCUGACCCGGUCUGUUCCGUGUUCCGCGUUGGUUCUUGCCCUGACCAGGUGGCUCCAGGUUGAGGUCGGUACUCACUCGUGCCCUCCUCCAGCGCUCUGUGCCUCCGGCUGACGAGAUCGGGCAAUGCGCAGGCGUUGUGUGUGGCGGGUCUGCUGUCGAGGUUUGGCGUUGUGUGCGGCGGAGAGUUCGUGGCCAGGAUCCCCUGCAGGAGGCUUGAGCGGCGCUGGUUGAGCAUUGAUCCCGUUCACAUCUUUAGAUUUCGCCGCCGCCUGGGAAUGCGGCGCGGUGGUCCGGACGGUGGCGAUUAGCGGGGUAGCCGCCGGUUAGCGGCCGGAGAGGGUGUCCCACCUCCGGCAGUUUCGCUGGCUCCGCCUGACAUCCAUGGGAGUUCCCCGGGCCCGGGCUCGUCUGGCCGCCGCUCUCUGGGACCAUGACCGCCAAAGAAACGGCAGCUUGCAGAAAGUUCCAAGCCAACGUCUUCAACCAGAGCAAGUGUCAGAACUGCUUCAAAGCCCGGCAGUCGCACCUGGCAUCCGACCAGGAUUUGAACCAGGCAAAGCCUAUAUAUGGGGGUUGGCUGCUCUUGGCUCCUGAAGGGACUGACUUUGAAAACCCAGUGCAGCGAUCAAGGAAAUGGCAGAGAAGGUUUUUUCUUCUGUACGAGCAUGGGCUACUACGUUAUGCACUGGAUGACUCUCCCACCACUCUUCCGCAAGGUACCAUCAAUAUGAAUCUCUCUACCGAUGUUACUGAUGGAGAGAGUAAGACAGCUCAGAAGAACUCUGUGUGUAUCAUAACACCAGAAAAACAGUACUUCAUUCGUGCAGAAAGUAAAGAGACCAUCAAUGGCUGGUUUGAAACACUGAUUGUGUAUCCACACACCAAUAAACAGAAUCAAAAGAAGAAACGGAAAGUGGAACCUCUUACACUUCAGGAACCUGGACCUGCUAAAGUUGCAGUUACCAGUAGCAGUAUACCAAGUGAUGAGAGAAUUCCUAGUACCAAGUCAACACUCUGGCAAGAAGAGUUUAAAAACAAGGAUCCACAUGUUGCCAGUACCCUGCCAAGAAGUUCUUCACAGACCCAGUCUCUUGGAUCAACAGCAAUACCCAAGGAAGCACAAGGUGUUGUUAAUGGUGACGAACUGGAUGGACAGGAGAAGAAACGUGUAGAGAGUGGCUACUUUUCUCUGGAGAAGCUGAAGCCUGACUCAAAGCAUUUAACCUCUUCACCUAGCAGCAACACCACUGACAGCUCUUCCCAGAGCUCUUUGGACUCCGAGACCAGUGAUGUUACAGUGAGCAUAGGAAGCUCAAACAGCAGGCUUGGGGAACAUCCAAGCCAGACCCCAGCUAAAAGGAUGAAACAGAACUAUGCUGCGUUUGCAGUUGUUCCCCGAGCCAGAAGGAUCAGCAACAAAGAAGCCUUUCAGGUUGAUGAGCAGCAUUUGCAAACUUGCAGCCCUGGUAGAAUGGAAGUGGACCGUUUAUUUGGACGUGAAAGGAGGAAGUCACAGGUCAUUGAACUCUUUGAGUCACUGGAGAUUGAGAGAGACCAGCAAAUGGAGUCCAAUUCCUCUUCUGAGUCUAAUGUUUGCAAUGGAAGACAUCGGGGUCGAAGUGAGAAGAGAUCUUAUCCAAGGAAAAGAGAUUUGCUCUGUGAAUCAAACCAGAUCAGCUCUUCCCCAGACAUUUCUACAGUGCCCAUUUCACAGUCUCGCAGGGCUAAGUCACUGGACAGGAGAACGAGUGAAUCGACAGUGACGCCAGACCUGCUGAAUUUUAAGAAAGGUUGGAUGACAAAACUCUCUGCAGAUGGCAAGUGGAAGAAGCAUUGGUUUGUUCUCAGUAACAAGGUUCUAAAGUAUUACCGUGAUUCUGCGGCAGAGGAGGCAGUGGAUUUAGAUGGGGAGAUUGAUUUAAGUGGCUGCUAUGAUGUGACUGAAUAUGAACUUCAAAGGAAUUAUGGAUUUCAGAUCCUAACAAAAGGGAAAGUGUACACGUUGUCUGCCAUGACGUCUGGAAUUCGCCGGAACUGGAUCCAGGCAAUAAUGAAAAAUGUUCAUCCUGCAGAUACUCCAGAUGUGACUAGAAGUUUGCCAGAGGAGAAGUUUAAAGUGAAAACUUUAUUUGAAGGUGUGUCUAGAAACGGAAGGCAGACACAGCAGACCUCCAUUGAUGGAACUAGUGUAGAAGUUGAACAAAAGAAAAGUAGGGCUUUGGAACGAAGGAAAGAAGGGCGUUCAAAAACAUUUGACUGGGCAGACUUUCGCUCAGGACAACGGGAGUCCCAUGGAGGAAAUGUCCGCAGAACUACUACUCUAUUCCUCAAAACUCUGUCUAAUUCUGAAAGAGACUUCCAGGACUUGGAGCUGGACCGUGCACGAAGGCGUGAGGAGAGACGUAAGCGAUUUGAAACAACUGCUCUUGACAAUGUGAACAAGAUGGAAGUGGAUACAUCCUUAUGCCAAGAACCUAAGAGUGUUAAUGUGGAAAUUGAAAAUCAGUGGCAACAAGUGGAAAGUACACCACUACGAGAGGAGAAGCAAAUUCCAAUUCACAUUGUGCAGCCUUCCAAUGAAGAUAGAUCUCCUUCACAGGAACUAACAUUAAUGCUAGAAGAGGAGUUGGAGAAGUUACAUCAGGAAGUCUCCAGGUUGCAUGAAGAAAAUAAAGAACUACAGAGGCAGUUGAAGGCUGCACGAGAAAGAGAGCAUAGUGCAAGGGAUGGUUAUGUUCUCCAGGCAACCUGUGAACGUGGUUUCACAGCAAUGGAAGAAUCACAUCAGAAGGUGAUUGAUGAACUACAAAAGCAACACCAGCGUGAACUGGAGAAACUAGAGCAGGAGAAAGAUCGCCUACUGGCUGAGGAAACUGCUGCAACUGUAGCUGCUAUUGAAGCCAUGAAGAACGCCCACAGAGAGGAGCUGCAGCGAGAGUUAGAGAAAACCCAUCGGUCACAGAUCAGUAGUGUGAAUGCAGAUAUAGAGGCUCUAGGCAGACAGCACAAAGAAGAAAUGGGUUCUAUGCAACGGGAGCUGCAAGUUCUAUCAGAACAGUACUCUCAUAAGUGUUUAGAAAAUGCUCAUUUGGCUCAAGCUUUGGAGGCUGAACGACAGGCACUUCAGCAGUGUCAGCGUGAGAAUCAAGAGCUAAAUGCCCACAACCAGGAACUAAAUAACCAUCUGGCUGCAGAAUUUGCACGAUUAAGAAUGUUGAUUAUUGGGGAGGAGAAGGAUGAGGGUGCUGGCUCACUCCUCUCAUUGGGGAAAGAUGUCUACGAACUUGAGGUUUUAUUGCGGGUCAAAGAAUCUGAAAUUCAGUAUCUGAAACAGGAAAUUAAUUCUCUGAAGGAUGAACUACAGUCUGCACUGAGGGACAAGAAGUAUGCUACAGAUAAGUAUAAAGGUAUCUACACUGAGUUGAGCAUUGUUCGAGCAAAAGCUGAUUGUGAUGUCAACCGAUUAAAAGAACAACUAAAGGUUGCCACUGAAGCAAUGGGAGAGAAGACAAUAAACCAUGAUGUUACUAGCUAUGAUAUCAUGAAAUCAAAAAGCAACCCUGACUUUUUGAAGAAGGACAAGUUGAGCUCUGGCAGGUCUUUGAGGUCCCUGAGGUCAAAGUCUGUAAUAGAAUGGGUCUCAUGGGAAAGAUGAAAGAUGCAAGUAUCAAGUUUGCUAUUAUAGUCUGAAAGAAGGUCUCACAGUGCAAGAGCGGAUGAAACUAUUUGAACCCCAGGAAUAAGAAGCGAAUGCUACAUCAUUGCCUCAGGCCAUAUCUACACCUUCACAGUAAAGAAACUGCCUCACAUUAAUAAUAAUCCUACAGAGAACACAUCCUUGUUCUUUCUGACUUUGCACUUCAGUCCUGAAUGUGAACACCUAAUAUAUAAAAGUUCAUAAGCCUAACCUUAAAGUUGCACUUAGUGUGGUGUUGUAUAGUAAAGGCUCUCUGAAGUAAACUAAUUUUUUUUUAAAUGGCUUUGUCUAUAAGGGAAGAACUUCCUGUACAACUGUUUUUAACCAGGUAGAAGACAGGUGGUCAAAUAAACAUUAGGUUCAGGCAAAAUCAACAGAGCUUUUCUAACUUUCUCAGGUGAUUUUUUGUUUUCUCAUUCACUUGCCAAUAGACCAUCCAGAUCAAAGCUAUGGGAUAACUAGUGAAGUGACGAGGCAGAUGGACAUAGAACUCAGAAAAUGCUUUUCUUUUUGUAUAAUGGUGUUGGGCAAAGGAUCAGCUCCAGUUGUAAACUAUUUCUCUUGGAUCUCACCACAACGUUCUCUCUAUAAAUGGAUGUACAAAAAGAUGACCUUUCAACUCCCAACAUUUCAGAUUAGCUGAACAUGGGAGUAAAGCAUUGAAUGAAAAGAGCAAAGAUUAAAGCAGGAGAUUGGUGCCAAUAAACAGGGAAGCCAGAGAGGGUCCAGUAGUGCUUCAUAUAGCUUAAUAAAUAUGUCUCUGAGUUAACAUUCUGGGGAUUUGUUUUUAAUUCAUUCACAAUAUGUUGCCUAUAUUUUUUGUUGCUUCCUAAUUGGCUCUGAAGUUUAUCAGCUACUGCCUUGAUUGGUGCAAUCUAUUUUAUUAAGGAAUUCCCAGAGUUUUAGGUACAGAAUUUUUGUGAUUCUGACCCCACCCCAUACAAAAAAAAACAUAUUUUCAAGUCAGAACAUUGUGCUAGUAAAAGUAUCUUGAAUUAACAGUGUUUGCAGAUUCCUAUGUCCUGGAUUUUCUCAAGGACAAUGUUAGUGCUAAAUUAACUAACUAAAUUCAUUCCAUUACAUUUCAACAAAUUCCUGAUGAAAUGCUACCAAAUGACAGACAACAGUUACAGAUGUUUUGAAUAAAAAUAACCAUGGAAUGGUACGAUUGUUAUUCAUCUAUGCUAAAAUUCUAUCAAGUGUUUUCUGUACGUGUGUGGACUGCUUCAUUAUUUACAAAUGCGAAAGUGCAACCAAGAGUGGACAUACUCACCUUUAACAUGGAGGGAAUUGGCUGGACCAUUGAAGGCCCUAAUAAUAUCCUAUAGCAAUGUCUGGAGCUGAGAUCUCCUAACAAAUGCAACUAAUUUCCUUUGUGCCAAGUAUGUGUCCAGUGAAGUAAUUUUACCAAUUCUUAAUUUCUUUUAAAUUUUUGGAGUUAUCCUAAUCUAAUGAGUGCAUUUUAAUCUGCCAGUAUGGCUCUACAAUGUAAAUCUUUAUUCAUUUGAAAAUGGAAAAUUCAUUGUAUUGAAGAACAAUCAGCCUUUUCUCAAACUAAUAUAGCUAAAUUGAUGAGAAAAAUGAGGUGAAUGGAAUAACUUGAGAAACAGUUCUACAUCUGUACUGUGCUUGAUAGACUAGUAGGAGCUUAACAUUAAUGAUCUGUGAGUUUCCUGAUGCAGGAAUGCUUGACACCAGUGAGUCCCAAAUUAAAAGCAAUAAACCAAGGAACACUUGAGCAUUGUCUGGGGCUGGGAUGCUUUAUUUUUUUUUAAACAACUGCAUUUGUUUUAUCUCCAAAUUAAAAAUAAUUAAUAUUAAAACUUGAUGGUUUGAGGUAAUUUCUUUAGAUCAAAUUCUGAAGUAUUCAGCUCUUUAAUAACUGAACAUGAGGCAUAAACCACUGACAUAUCACUAAGCUUGCACUGCAGUAGCUGAGAAAAAAACUAGUGAAACAUACACUGCAUUAAUUCCUGAUAUUGUAACUUGACUUACAUACUUUAAACUAUUAUAGAAAAUGCUGCACACACUAUGUUAUGCUUGUGAGUUAUUUAUGGAAGCACUGCAUUCCAAUGUUCAGGUGUACUUUCUGCCCAGACACCACUGAUCUGUUGCUAUUUCCUUGUGGUCUGUGGCAGUGAACUUUGAAGGGCCACGGUCAGAAAUUGUAUUUGUAGUGAGUGAUAAAUAAAUGUACAUUGUGGUUCUGUA